AUCAGCUCAAGAAACCUCGAGUCUCAGACACCAACUGGCAAACUGCUGCACAAGACAACCAACGUUCCUUCAAAAACUCAAAUCACAAACCAUGUCCAACCGCGGAAACCGAAACAACAGCAACAACCGUAACGCCCGUCAGCUCCCCACUGCUGCGAGCCUGCCUACCGGCUUUAUGCCCUUUGGCGCGACUGGGUUUGGCCAGCCUGUCGGCAACUUUGGUCAACCUGGCGGCUUUGGUGGAUUUAUUCUUGCCAACCUGCCUCAGAGCCUUCCCGCCCAGCCAAAGCAACAAAAGCAGCAGCAACCAGCCCAGCGCAACAACCGCAACUCGAACAACUCUGUCCAGCGCCAGAUCACCCAGGGUCGCCAGCGGAACGCCCGCGCAAACCAGCUGGAUGCUCGCCGCCAAGCCAUGGACCUGUCUGACGCCCAGCCUGCCUUUGCGCAGUUUCCCGGCAUGCAGCAGCCCGUGAUUAUCAUGGCUCCUGGCUUUGGUCAAGUUCCCCAGCAACAGCAGCAGCAGCAGCAGCAGCAGCAAAACCGUCGCCGUUCGGGCACUACCCGCCGCCUCGCCAAGACUGACCAGUCGGUUGCUAUGGCUGUCGACUCUCAAAGCAGCAACCGCCGUGCUCGUCGAGGACGCUCCAACACUGGCAACAGCAACACCGGCAGCACCACCAAGACUGUCGCCAUGAACACUGGCGCUCGCCAACCAGCCAACGCAAAUGGUCGCGCCGGUCGCGGUACCCGAGGCGGUCGUGGCGCGCGCGGCGGCCGCGGUGGACGCGGUGGUCGCAGCAGCAGCUCUUCUGCUGCUGCUUCGGAACCCAUGACCAGCGACUCGCUUGACACUCAGCUGACCAGCUACAUGAUGCGUGACCCCUCCACUGCUGCCAGCAUGCUCGACAGCCAGCUUGACGACUAUCUUGCUCUCCGAUCCAACUAAGCGUGUUGUUUGGGUUUUAAAAUUGAAUUUUGCCUUGUUGUUGGUUCUACUUUCGGCGUGAUUGGAGAGCUUGUUUUGCAUCUCAUUUUCGCCCGUUGUCAGUAAUUGCUGUUUUUGUUUCUUUCCCUCCCCCCCCUUCUCGAUUGUAUCAAAUCACAACGUCCCCCGUUUUUGCAUCA